CUUAUCGCGGUGUUGUCCACACUCUGACCGAAAAAUAAGCGUCCAGUAGUAAAUUCGCGAUCGUACAUGCAACAUGCAGAGAUUGCCGAUCUGCCUGAUUGUCCUUACGUGCCUUGGUGUCGGCACCUGGGCGAUUGACGGUGUCAAAGGCGGGCAACGGCCGCGUUACCCUACGAGCGGAAAUUAUCACGGUAACUCCACGCAGAAUGGUCUUUGCUAUAAAAGGGUGCCAUACAGCCAUGUUUUAGCUUUAAACGCCAGCGGAUCGCCUUACAAUACCAUUCCUCAGCCGCCCGGGGGCAACUAUCCCCAUAAUGACGGUUGGAUCACUAUCUUGGACUGUUGCGACGGCUACGAGCGCAACGUGACGAGUGGCCUGUGCGAGCCGCGAUGCGACCGCGGUUGUUUCGGCGGCCACUGCACAGGUCCGAACGUCUGCAGCUGCCCGCCCGGAUGGCGUUCCGAGGACGGCGUUUGCAUGCCCAUUUGUUCGUAUCAGUGCCAGGAGAACGCCUACUGCUUCUCGCCCGAGGUGUGCGUGUGCAAAUUGGGCUACGACCAGACUAGCGACGGCCAGUGCAGACCGAUCUGCCCGGACGGAUGCACCUACGGCGAGUGCGUGGCGCCGCGCGUCUGCAGCUGCAGGCCGGGAUACGUUCUGAAUGAACGCAAGGAGUGCGUGGCCGCGUGCGAGGGCGGCUGCGUGUACGGCGUAUGCAGCAGGCCGGGCGUGUGUACCUGCAACGAGGGAUACACCAACCCACCCGGCGAUCGCGAGUCCUGCGUUCCCGAUUGCCCGAGCGGUUGCCACGACGGCGAAUGCGUCGCGCCAAACGUUUGCAGAUGCAGACCCGGGUACACGCAGGAUCGUUACAGCGGCAGAUGCAUCCCGGGUACGGGUUCGUCGCAGUGCGGAUUUGGAUACAACGUCGACCCCGACACCGGUAGAUGCAUCCCCGUGACGACGACUCCGACGCCGCACCCCGUCGGCGAUUGCAGAUACGGCUGUGGCCCGCACAGCGUGUGCGUCGGGUACAAUCGGUGUGCUUGCGAGCCGGGAUUCACCGUCGACCUCGAUACUGGCAGGUGCAUCUCCGUCGCGACGUCCACGACCAACUCGACGCAAUGCAGUCGAUACGGCUGCGGGCCGAACGGCCGAUGCGUCGGGCCGAACGUGUGCGUCUGCGAUCCAGGAUUCCGCAUCGAUCCCGAUACCGGAAGGUGCAUUCGGCACGACAUGGGUGGCACGGGUGGCGAGGAUGUGUGCCAGUACCCGUGCUUGAACGGCCGAUGCACCGGGCCGAAUCAGUGCACCUGCAAUCCCGGCUACACGCACGACGUCCGCGACGGCACGCGUUCCAGAUGCGUGCCGGUGUGCGUGGGUGGUUGUCCGAACGGCGUAUGCACCAUGCCAAACUAUUGCAUAUGCAAUCCCGGAUACCGGAAGGAAGGUGGGGUCAAGGGCCGGCAGAGAUGCGUCCCGCAGGAGUGAGCGAGUUGACGGCACGCAAAACAUAUUGUUAGAUAUUAGUUUGAUGAAAUUAAUAAUUUCACGCAUUACGAUCGACCGAAUUUGUAUACACACACAUAAACUAACAAUAUAAAUUAUAAAACAAUAACUUUUUUAUGUGUUUUUUAUUUCGCGCACUAUAAAUGUGUAAUUACGACGACUUUAACUGAUAAUAAUGCAAAGAUAAAAUAUCCUCACGCAUGUAAAAGUUUCUAGAUUGUAAUGAAUUGCUUUGAUGACUAUACAUAUUCUUGAGUAACAUAUUAUAGAGACUAAUCAACAGAUAUAAUUUCUCAGAGCGAAUGAAGUAUUAAAGUAUGUAAAACUCCGAUGGCAAGUGAAUACGUUAAUUAUAUAGUAAAUUAUAAGGUUGAUUAUGACGUCAAGUAUAAAAAUAAAAAAAAAGCGCUCUAUAAAGUCUUACAGUCUUAUAGAAGGAUAUGUAAAAAUGGCAUUAAACUAACUACAAACGCAA